AUUAGUGACUAUUGGUCUUUACUGUUAGAUCCUUACACUCUGACCAAUAACGUUGAUAAAUUACUCAACCGUUGUGCAACCAUUGUGUUUUCUGAACGCAGCCAGUAUUUCUUCCGUGCUUUUACGUGUAAGCACGUGCCUGGAAAAAAACAAAAAUGGCGGACGCUGCUCCAGCCACUCGAGGAGGUUUUCGUGGAGGUUUUGGUUCUCGUGGAGGUGAUCGUGGAGGCUUCAGAGGUAGAGGUCGUGGUAGAGGCAGAGGACGUGGUCGUGGUCGUGGUAAAGAAGACAGUAAAGAAUGGGUUCCUGUUACCAAACUUGGCCGUUUGGUCAAAGAGGAUAAAAUUCAAUCCUUAGAACAUAUCUAUCUGUUCUCUUUACCCAUCAAAGAAUAUGAGAUCAUUGACAAGUUCCUGGGAGCUGAACUAAAAGAUGAGGUGUUGAAAAUUAUGCCUGUACAGAAGCAGACCAGAGCAGGUCAACGUACACGUUUUAAGGCCUUCGUUGCCAUUGGAGAUAGCAAUGGUCAUAUUGGGUUAGGAGUAAAGUGCUCCAAAGAAGUAGCUACUGCUAUUCGUGGUGCUAUCAUUCUGGCCAAGCUGUCGGUAGUGCCAGUACGACGUGGCUACUGGGGUAACAAAAUUGGUAAACCACACACAGUGCCCUGCAAAGUCACUGGUAAAUGUGGCUCUGUACAGGUGCGUUUGAUCCCAGCACCUAGAGGCACUGGUAUCGUCUCUGCGCCGGUUCCCAAGAAGCUACUUCAAAUGGCUGGCAUUGAAGACUGUUAUACCUCUGCCCGAGGUUCCACUUGCACACUUGGUAAUUUUGCUAAAGCUACUUAUGCUGCGAUCGCAAAGACAUACGCCUAUCUGACACCUGAUUUAUGGAAAGAACAAGCUUUAGCCAAAGCACCAUAUCAGGAAUUUGCAGACUUUUUAUCAAAGAAUCACAAGGGAGGCACGAAAACAACCGACGUUGUUUAAAUAUACAUCCCAUUUCCAUAGGAUCUCUUUAAAAAUUUAGAAAAUAAAUCUUUUAUUUCCUUCUUUC